AUGGGUAGCCUCAACUACUUGACUAUUACUCGCCCCGACAUAUCUUUUGUUGUUCAACAAGUAAGUCAAUUCAUGCACUCUCCUCGCCAUCUUCAUUUGGCUGCGAUUCGUCGUAUAAUUCGCUACUUAAAGGGAACCUCUCACCGCGGAUUAUUCUUUCCCGUUGGAAUUUCUCUUCAGUUGAGUGCUUAUAGUGAUGCUGAUUGGGCAUGGUGUCCUGAUACUCGUCGAUCUGUUACUGGUUGGUGCAUGUUUCUUGGUUCUUCAUUGAUCUCUUGGAAAAGUAAGAAGCAAGCAAGAGUUUUUAAAUCUUCCACUGAAUCAGAGUAUCGUGCCAUGUCUGCUGCUUGUUCAUAA